UUGUUUUCUACACAUUUUACUUAAAUUUAAUGAAAUUAACAAAGCUUUGUGUAAGAGAAACUUGAAGGAUGAAAACUGUAGUUCAUUGGUUCCGUAAAGGAUUACGAAUUCACGACAAUCCUGCCUUGAGACACGCUGUAGAUUUAGUUUUAGAAAAUCCGAACGAAACUGUACUGCGACCCAUUUUCAUUUUGGAUCCCGGAAUACGAGAAACUCUUCUUGUUGGUCCAAAUCGAUGGCGAUUUCUUCAAGAAUCUUUGGCAGAAUUAGAUGAAAAUUUGAAAAUUAUAAAUUCCAGACUUUAUGUUGUUCGAGGAAAUGCUGUUGAUGUUCUCGCUCGUCUCUUUAAGGAAUGGAAUGUUACAACAAUUACAUGGGAGUACGAUAUUGAGCCAUUUUCAGUGAAACGAGACGGUCAUGUUGAAAAAAUAGCUCAUGAUUUUGGAGUAAAUGUCGUAAUUGAAAAGUCUCAUACAAUCUAUGAUCAUGAGGAAAUAAUAAAGAAAAAUCGCGGAAAACCUACGUUAACAUAUAACAGUUUUCUCUCGAUCGCAGCAACUUGUGAAAUCUCUCCUCCUCUUGAUCCGCCAAAUAAAUUGCCAAAAGGAAUUUCGACAUUCAUGGAUAAAGAUGAAAAACGAGAUUCUCAUUGUUAUGAUGUCCCAUCGUUGAGUGAAUUGGGAGUAUCGCCAACGGAUUGUGGACCUCACAAAUUUCCGGGAGGCGAAACAGAAGCUCUUUUACGAAUGGAAGCUCAUUUGGAACGAACAAAUUACAUUUGUACAUUCGAGAAGCCAAAUACUUCACCAAAUAGCCUUGAACCAUCGACAACUGUCUUAUCGCCGUAUCUCAAAUUUGGUUGUUUAAGCUCUCGUUUAUUCUUUAAACGUCUUAACGAAGUAACAGCAGGCAAGAAACACUCUCAACCGCCUGUUUCUCUCGCAGGACAAUUGAUUUGGCGCGACUUUUAUUACUGCGUUGCCUCAUGCACGCCAAAUUUCGAUAAAAUGAAAGGAAAUCCUGUGUGUAUUCAAAUUCCUUGGGGCACAAAUGAACAACAUCUCGAAGCAUGGCGUAAUGGGCAAACAGGAUAUCCAUUUAUUGAUGCGAUAAUGCGACAAUUGAAACAAGAAGGAUGGAUUCAUCAUUUGGCGCGUCAUGCGGUUGCUUGUUUUUUAACGCGAGGCGAUCUUUGGAUUUCGUGGGAAGAAGGAAAAAAGGUAUUUGAAGAAUACUUACUUGAUGCAGAUUGGGCUCUAAAUGCGGGAAAUUGGAUGUGGCUUUCAGCAUCAGCCUUUUAUUAUCAAUACUAUCGAGUCUAUAGUCCCAUCUCGUUCGGCAAGAAAACCGACAAAGAAGGAAAAUACAUUAAGAAAUAUGUGCCUGAAUUGAAAAAUUAUCCAGCAGGCAUCAUUUUCGAGCCAUGGAAGGCAUCAAAAGCAGAACAGAAAAAGUACGGAUGUGUUAUCGGCGAAGAUUAUCCUGAAAGACUCGUCAUUCACGACGAUGCUAAAGACAUAAAUAUGGAAAAAAUGAAAAAAGCUUAUGCGAAAAAUAGAGAAACCAAAGCAGGAACAUCGAAACCCGUAAAGGAAGAAAAUGAUGAUGAAGACACAAAACGCAAAAGUACUACAAAAAUAAAAUCGCCGCCCAAAAAAGUGGUUAAAAAGAAAUAAAAUUACUGAAUAUUUGAUAGAAAGAUUGGGGAAUUGAAAAAAAAUUCAAUAAAAAUUA